UGGCCUUAAGAGUUCACUCAUCCAUUUCCAAGUUUCAGCUUUAGCUUUCAUAUUACCUUAAGCUUUAUACUUUUUAUAAACAUGAUUCCGGUGAUCGAUAUCUCCAAGUUGGACGGCGAAGAGAGGUCCGAAACCUUAGCAAAAAUCCACAAUGGUUGUCAAGAAUGGGGCUUCUUUCAGUUGGUGAACCAUGGAAUUCCUGUGGAAUUGCUUGAAAGAGUGAAGAAGGUUUGUUCUGACUGUUUCAAGCUUGAAAGGGAGGAGAAGUUCAAGGACUCUGAACCUAUUCAUCUUUUGAAUGAAAUUGUUGAUCAAGGCCAAGAUAAGAAGUCGGAGAAUCUUGAUUGGGAGGAUGUGUUUGUACUUCACGACGAUAAUCAAUGGCCGUCACAACCAUCAGAAUUUAAGGAAACAAUGAAAGAGUAUAGAGCAGAAUUGAAAAAGCUCGCAGAAAAAAUGAUGGAAAUAAUGGACGAGAAUUUGGGGUUAGAAAAAGGAUACAUCAAGAAAGCAUUCAGCGGCGAAAAUGGCGUGCCAUUUUUCGGGACCAAAGUGAGUCAUUAUCCACCUUGUCCUCGGCCGGAGCUGGUGAACGGUCUCCGAGCUCACACCGAUGCCGGAGGAGUCAUACUUCUUUUCCAAGAUGACCAAGUUGGAGGUCUUCAAAUGCUCAAAGAUGGACAAUGGAUUGAUGUUCAACCUGUGACCAAUGCAAUAGUGAUCAAUACUGGAGAUCAAAUUGAAGUAAUUAGUAAUGGUAAAUACAAGAGUGCUUGGCACCGAGUGCUUGUUUCAACUGAAGGUAAUCGUCGAUCAAUUGCAUCAUUUUACAACCCUUCUCUUACUGCUACAAUUGCUCCGGCGAAACAAACUGGUGAUGAUGAAAGUUCGGUUAAUGUUGCUUAUCCGGAGUUCGUAUUCGGUAACUAUAUGGAAGUGUAUACUAAGCAGAAGUUCAUGCCUAAAGAGCCCAGGUUUCAGGCUGUUCAGGCCAUGUAAAACUUGAGAGCUCUAAGGUUUGGUUAUUAUGGUGUUACUUUUUAUAUGGUGUAUUUGUGUCUGGACUCUAGAGUUUGGUCUGUUACUGUUAUAGUAUUGUUAUUGGCUUUAUGUUUGGAAGGAGUGUGAUCAAUCCUUGCUUUUGUAUGUAUCA